GGUGUGUCUUUUAAGUGUUUGGACUACACCGGUGACAAGCAGUCAGGCAGUCAGUCUUAGAGCAUGCGAUCAGUUAUCAGUUCUAAACAUGUAUUUGUAUUCUCUAUGCUUAUGAUCUAUUUUCUUACGCGCAUAUGACAGAAAAGUGGUGGUCGGAGCACGUCUCUGGAUCCGCUUUGCCGGAGGCGCUUGUAUUAAUCCUGCUGUAGGACUCCUUGCGGCCAGCACCAGCAGCAUGAACGAGUCACUUCAUGUUAUGUUUCUCAUGCUAGGGGCAGUGUAGAGUUGAUUUCUUGCGUUUCAAAGAAUGAAUAAAGGACAUUAACGAAGAAAAAAAUAGUUUCUCUAUUGUCCAUGCCUAACGUCAUGAAAAAAGUUACUUUGCUACAAAACGGAUAGUAAUAUAAUGGCAUAUGCUUUGCAUUAAGUCGCGUUCCCUUAUCAUUUGCUAAUAAUGCUUAAUGUUUUUUUUAUUCAAGGCAACGAAGAGUAGAUGCGCAAGAACCUGUUUUGUGGGGGAAUUGGAGCAAGUUUCGGGAAGGAAUGUGUAUCAAGACCGGAUUGCAUUAGACUGGGAAAUCCUUAGACUAGUCAUCUCUAUCGGGUCUGAAUGCUUUCUUCCACCCGGGGAACUUUGUCUUUGUGCUAGGAACAAACUAUUUUGAUAAUGUUUGAUCAUAUGUACAGCAUCACAUCACGCAAGGAUAACAACGAAUAGACAGACGCAUGUUUUUUCUUGGUGAAAACACAUUUUCGGAAUAAACCGAUUUCAAUGCUUCCGUGAUCCGAGGACUGAGGAGUUACAAGUUGCGAAGACCACAAGUUAUAUUGCAGUUUAAAGUAUUGAAGGAAAAGCUUGGAUAUCAAAGAAAACGUUUAGGCUAAGGGAACGUAAUGCUAUCAAUAGGAAUAUGGUACUGAUGUAGUGGGCAGUGGGUGCAUGGAAUAUGCUAGCAAUAUACCAAGUUUGCAAUUCAAAUUUGCAGUAAGAAUUCCAAUGGAAAUAGCCCAUGUUAAUUGUACGUGUUCAGGAAUUGAUCGUCACAGCCACUGAAAACCAUCUGGAAUUCGAUUUUACUGCUUUUAUAUACAGGCCUACUAAAAAGAUGGACAAGAUUCUUGGCAGAGUAUAGAAAACAACCCAGGACAGUUGUGUAAUUGAGUUGUAAACAUACCCAGCUUUAUACUGCACUGGUUGUUUUUUAAGAGAGUAGAUAUAGCACUAAGGUUAUUAUCAUGUUAUAGUGCAUGAGCACAUUCGAAAUUAGUAGUUUGUAUCAGUAUUAGUGUCAUUUGAUACUGUCCUUCUAGUCACUCUUUCGCUCCUUCUCUUAUUGAUUUGUUGGGUGACUAGAGUUGCGAUUAGAUGAAAUAGUAGAGCUAUGGUUCAGCAAUUCAGAGAUCACCUAUUUGCACAACAUGUGUUAAACAAGUUGUGCUCAAGGGUAGCAGGGUCACAAUGAUUUUAGACAGUGUGCAUAUGAUAGUCAGCUGAUUUGAUGUCAUCAGUGAGUCAGAAUGUCGAUGAAAGGCAAGGCACUCUUCACUUUCCAAAGUGAAAACAAAGAGGAGAUCAGCAUACAGGAGAAUGAAGAACUGGUUAUCUUUGACAAUAACUCUGUGGAUGGAUGGUUACAAGGGGAGAACAGUAAAGGACAGAAAGGUGUCUUCCCGGCCUCUUAUGUGGAAGUAAUCCGCCCUCGUUCCAACUCCAACCUGACAGACUGCUCCAUAAGCCCGGUGGGUUCUCCCGGCAAUGGCUCCUCAUAUUUCCCCUCUACAGCAAACGCGCCCUUUCACAUGCAACAGGGUUACUAUCACAAUGACGAUGAUGACUGGGAUGAUUGGGAUGACAGUUCCACAGUGGUGGACGACGAUGGCCCCAGUGGCACAAAUGGACAUUCCCAUCAGAGCCCCCACUCCAACAACCCCAAUGUCCAGUAUUGUGCCAAACCUUACAUGGAGAGUCAGGACAGCAUCUCCAGCUCGCGGAAGGGCAGUAUGGUAGGCAGGAACUUGAACCGAUUCUCCAGCUUUGUCCGCUCAGGGGUGGAAGCGUUUGUGUUGGGCGAUGUGCCCAUGAACGCUAAGAUAGCCGAGUCAUACACCAUUGCAAUGGGCCCCAAAGGGCCUCAAUGGAAAGAGAGCCCCACACCUUUCUCUUGCUCCAUCGAGGACCCCACCAAGCAGACCAAGUUCAAAGGCAUCAAAACCUACAUAUCUUACCGGGUGACCCCGAGCCACAAUGCGAGGCCUGUGUACCGGCGUUACAAGCACUUUGACUGGUUGUACAAUCGUCUACUGCACAAGUUCACCAUCAUCUCCGUACCCCACCUGCCCGAGAAACAGGCAACGGGGCGCUUCGGGGAAGAUUUCAUUGAGAAGCGCAAGAGGCGGCUGAUUCUCUGGAUGGACCACAUGACCAGCCAUCCGGUCCUGUCGCAGUACGAGGGCUUUGAGCACUUCCUGAUGUGUGCCGAUGACAAGCAGUGGAAGCUGGGAAAACGGCGGGCGGAGAAGGACGAGAUGAUGGGCGCCAACUUCAUGCUUACCUUCCAGAUCCCCAACGAGCACCAGGACCUGCAGGACGUGGAGGAACGUGUGGACUCCUUCAAGGCCUUCGCCAAGAAAAUGGACGACAGCGUCAUGCAGCUGACGCACGUGGCCUCGGAACUGGUGCGUAAGCACCUCGGAGGCUUCCGGAAGGAGUUCCAGCGUCUGGGGAACGCUUUCCAGAACGUCAGUCAGGCGUUCAUGCUGGACCCUCCCCACUGCUCGGAAGCCCUCAACACCGCCAUCUCCCACACGGGACGCACAUACCAGAACAUUGGUGAAAUGUUUGCCGAGCAACCUAAUUAUGACCUCUUCCACAUGCUGGACAAACUGUCGCUCUACCAGGGCCUACUCGCCAACUUCCCGGACAUCAUUCAUCUACAGAAAGGUGCGUUCGCCAAGGUCAAAGAGAGUCAGCGGAUGAGCGACGAAGGAAAGAUGGACCAGGACGAGACGGACGGAGUGCGUAAACGCUGCCGGACAGUGGGAUUUGCCCUGCAGGCCGAGAUUAACCACUUCCACCAGCGCCGCGAGGUGGACUUCAAGGAAAUGAUGCAGGCCUACCUCAAACAGCAGAUCGCCUUCUACCAGCGUGUGGGCCAACAGCUGGAGCGUACCCUGCACAUUUAUGACAACCUGUAGAGGCUGGGCCUGUCAUCAUUCCAAACGUUAUCCUUCUGAUCCAAAAUGGCCGCCCAGUUCAACAGGGCCUCCCCAGGGGUUGCCAAAAAUCCUAGUGGAAACAGAGACAUGGCUGUAGUUGGGAAAGUGUAUCACUUUGUUCUCUUUUUUUCAUGGUGGACCAUGAUAGUCACACAAACCCUGGCUUGAAAGAAGAGAGGUGUUGCUGCGGUUGCUGCCUUAGAAAGUUGACUUUCUGCUUAUUUUGGCCUGAAUAGACAGAAAGAGGGGAUGUACUUGAAGAGACUGGGGAAGCCAGUUUGUGCACUUCACGUAAUAGUCACUUUCCAGGCUGGAUUUCAAAGUCGAAAUUGUUGGUUGCAAGGGACUUACACCAUUGUAUUUUUCAUAAUUCCACCAAUUUUGCUAUGUUUUGACCAAAAUGUAAAUUUUUUAAUUGUAUAUGUUAGCAACCAAUCUUAAUGUGUUAAAUCAUUGGUGGCAUUUAAUCAUUCUUUGUAGAGGGUCAAAGAUAGGCAUGUGUAGCCUUAAUGCUUAGACAAUUCCCUGUAGAUGAUAGAAACUGAACUCCUUUAGUGUAAUGUAUGAUAGCCAUGUCAGAAUAAGGGCUCGACUGCUCAGGUGUUCAGUGCAAACAUGUUACAUUCAUGUAUUUUCUUGAAUUAGCUCUCCAGACAAGCCAAGUUCUAAGAGGCAGCAGCUGCACUAAGAUUAAGAUCAAGUCCUUAAGAUCCUGUCCUGUGGUCCCUGUCAGUGCCUUAAGGAACCAAGCAUUUUAGUGUGAUUUUCUAAACAAAUGUCUUCACCUGCCUGUUUUCCAUUUGAGGGGAAACAGGCCCUUGGACUCAGUAGUCGAGUUUGCACAGGGGCUUUGCUUGUUCUUUCUGUUGCAAAAAACAUUUGAAGUUGGAAGUACUUAAUGUAAGAGGUAUUGCAUGUUGGUUCCAACUUUAAAAGUAACAAUGGGAAAUGCUUUUGUCUGGAUAAGGAUAUUUCUGUGCAUCCGCCAGAAACUCUAAAUGGGAAGAUGGGAAACUCCUUUCAUUUCGUAUUACUUUAUUCCUCUUUCAUUUACAAAUCUCGUGACGUGACUAUGAGACAUGGCUGUAUCUAAGUGGUAUUGUAUUUAUCUGAGCCUGCUAGGUAGCUACAUUUAACUACUACAAACUAAUUUAAAUCACAAUAUAUAAAAGGUUAACUUACUUGUUUUUUGCUGUCCAUUGACAGCACAAGUGGAGCAUUUGACUUGCGAACUCAUCACCUGAUCAGCGUCUCGUCAACAAUAUUAAAAAUGUACUUCCGGGUCCCCAUGUAAUAGUAAAAAAGUGUCAAUAACCAUUCAUGAUAUACAGUGCCAGUCAAAAGUUUGGACACACCUACUCAUUCCAGAGUUUUUCUUUAUUUUUACACUUUCUUUUUACACUGUAGAAUAAUCGUGAGGACAUCAAACCUAUGAAAAUAACACAUGGAAUCAUGUAGUAACCAAAAAAGUGUACCCACCCUUUUCCUUGAUGACAGCUUUGCACACUCUUGGCAUUCUCUCAAACAGCUUCACCUGGAAUGCUUUUCCAACAGUCUUGAAGGAGUUCCCACAUAUGCUGAGCACUUGUUGGCUGCUUUAUUUCUUCACUCUGCGGUCCAACUCAUCCCAAACCAUCUCAAUUAGGUUGAGCUUGGGUGAUUGUGGAGGCCAGGUCAUCUGAUGCAGCACUCCAUCACUCUCCUUCUUGAUCAAAUAGCCCUUACAAAGCCUGGAGGUGUGUUGGGUCAUUGUCCUGUUGAAAAACAAAUGAUAGUCCCACUAAGCGCAAACAAGAUGGGAUGGCGUUUCGCUGCAUAAAACUGUGGUAGCCAUGCUGGUUAAGUGUGCCUUGAAUUCUAAAUAAAUCACAGUGUCACCAGCAAAGCACCCCGACACCAUCACACCUCCUUCUCCAUGGUUCACGUGGGAACCACACAUGCGGAGAUCAUUCGUUUACAUUCUCUGCGUCUCAGAAAGACUGUUGGAACCAAAAAUCUCAAAUUUGUACUCAUCAGACCAAAGGACAGAUUUCCAAUGGUCUAAUGUCCAUUGCUAAUGUUUCUUGGCCCAAGCAAGUCUCUUCUUCUUAUCGGUGUCCUUUAGUAGUGGUUUCUUUGCAGCAAUUAGACCAUGAAGGCCUGGUUCACGCAGUCUCCUCUGAACAGUUGAUGUUGAUGUGUCCGUUACUUGAACUCAGUGAAGCAUUUAUUUGGGCUGCAAUUUCUGAAGCUGGUAACUCUAAUGAACUUAUCCUCUGCAGCAGAGGUACUGUAACUCUGGGUCUUCCUUUCCUGUGGCGGUCCACAUGAGAGCCAGUUUCAUCAUAGUGCUUGAGGGUUUUUGCGACUGCACUUGAAGAAACUUUCAAAGUUCUUGAAAUGUUCCAUAUUGACUGACAUUCAUGUCCUAAAGUAAUGAUGGACUGUCGUUUCUUUUUGCUAAUUUGAGCUGUUCUUGCCAUAAUAGGUACUUGGUCUUUUACCAAAUGGGGCUAUCUUCUGUAUACCCCUAUUACCUUGUCACAACACAACCGAUUGUCUCAAACGCAUUAAGAAGGAAAACAUUUACUUUUAAGAAGGCACACCUUAAUUGAAAUGCAAUCCAGUUGACUAUCUCAUGAUGCUGGUUGACAGAGUGCCAAUAGUGUGCAAAGCUGUCAUCGAGGCAAAGGGUGGCUACUUUGAAGAAUCUAAAAUAUAUUUUGAUUUGUUUAACACUUUUUUGGUUACUACAUAAUUCCAAAUGUGUUAUUUCAUAGUUUUGAUGUCUUCAUUAUUAUUGAACAAUGUAGAAAAUAGUACAAAUACAGAAAAACCCUUGAAUGAGUAGGUGUGUCCAAACUUUUGACUGGUACUAUAUGAAAAAUAAUUGUCUAAACUUUAACAAUUAUUCCAAUUUGUUUAUAUUUAAGUGACAUCAAAUAAUUGCCCCCAAUGCAAAUCACUGUAUAUGAAAUACAUAUUGGCUUACAGCAAGAACUGUUCUGGGUGCCGCAGUAAAAGUAUGGUAGGGAAUACUCAGUAGGGUCUGUAGAAUGUAUAUAUGUUGUCAUUCCAUGGGGCUCUGAAUAAUACGGAGUGUUGCUGGCCUUUUACUCCACUUAUUCCAUUGGCUGCCGAAUGACAUCACAUGUACACUUACUACACUACAAAAAACCCUGUAGCCAAACUACAAUAAAGGGCAACUACACUCAAAAUCAAAGUUUUUUAUAUUUUCACAGAUCUCAAAAGUUAUCCCCUGAUGUGGUUUAUGCAUUGUUGUGAACACAGAAAAUCCCAUUUUGUUGUUUUGUCUUUUUAAAAAGUGUGAAAAAAAUGGGGUAAACCUGAAAAAAUGUGGUAAUAAGAAACCUGGAAAUACAAAACCAAGAAAACUGAGUUUUGGGAAAAAUAGAGGUAGGCAAAAAAUAUAAACAGAUUUUUAAAAGGCCCUACCAAUGUUUUCUGCAGUGCUUGACUGCACUUUAGAAUGUUUCAUCCUGCAGAACAGUAUUUUUGGGGAAGUUUAGGUCAGGUCCAAUAUUGACUAUGCACCCAAGAGGGAAAAAGGUUGUGCAGUUCUGGAAAUGUUUUUGUGAAAUCUAAUAUAAUACAUAAAAUGUAGCAGACACUUUUAUCCAAAGCGACUUACAGUCAUGCGUGAAUACAUUUUUACAUGUGGGUGGUCCCGGGAAUCAAACCCAAUAUCCUGGCGUUGCAAUUAUAAAACCUCAAUUUAAUAUUAUUUAUAAGGCCUUUAUUAAUCAGUGCUUAUGCCACCCUUUAUAAAGCAUAGGUUUAUAUCAUAUUUGACAUAGUGGGUUGUGGGUUAUACAUUUGACAUUGGUGGUUAUGUCACACAGUUAUGCCACAUUUAAGAACCCUUUAUAAAGCAUGACAUACGGUUGUAGAUGCUGUGUUUUUUUCUCCAUAUCUCACUCCCCAUGAGACACCCUCGGAGAGUGGGAUAUCCCAAAAAACACAUUUUCAAUUCACACAUGCGUAUAAUUCUAAAUUGUACAUGUGUGAAAUAGGACAUAUGUAAGCAUCCAUGUUAUUAUUUCCAUUCACCUCAAUUUGUCAGGACAGGAAACAAUCACCAAAAUAACAAUACUGUAAAUGAUUGGAUGAUGUCCUCUUUUUCCUGUAAUGCUUGAGACCAUAGUUCCAGUUAAUAAACAAAGACUGCUUUGAAUUACCUUCUCAGUAAACAACAAAUGUCUGACGCUG